GGUUGAUCAAUCAUGUGUUUUAUCAAUGCGUUUACAAGAUCAUUUGGGCUAUCAACGCUCGCAGUCUACCAACAGUUAUUUAAACAACGAUCUUUGUCCCAACUGCAAGUCCCCAGUUGCAGAGCCAGAGCCAGACAGCUUGACAAGUUGACAGCUCCGUUGCUGGCAACAGCUGGACAUCGUGGAUGUACCCAAAAGCCCGAACAACGUCAGCUUGUUUGGUACCACGCCAUAUAUAUAUCUGAUGCAGUUGGAGGGCAAGCAAAACUACAUUGUACAAGAAGAGAUAGCAUACGGGCCUCUCUUAUUCAAUUCCCCUUGUAAUGACGCAGAACUUGAUUUAGACCUUCAC